AUGAUCAGAAAGAGCAGUCAGAGGGGAGCGUUUGAGGAGCUGACCAUGCAAGUCGACCAAAAGGCGUGCAAAAGGGCUGUUUGUGCGGGCGUCAUUCAUCCAUUUCUCAGUGGGUGUGUUGUCAGUGCGGUUGAGCAGAACUGGAAAUUGGGAAAAUCCGUUGGGGAAUUUGUGGGCCAGGCCUGGAUGGGCAUGGGAAGUUCCUUCAAGGCGGACAACUGUGGCAACUUCCUGGAGAAAGGCUACCAAGAACUCAAGGCUGUUGAUGUGGACGUAGUUGGGGUUGCUGGCUUUCAGUUUUGUACCAGCAACAAUAUCUGGGCUCCAAACGAUGCGGAACCAAAAGAGAAGUUUGUCAGAAUAGGCGCCUCCUCCAAGGAAGCUAGUGUUAGAACAAAGCAAAAUGUGCUCUAUCGUGAGUGCCUUUAG